GGAUAGUGGAUUGUCGAUUACCGCAGUGAAGUAGUGAAGUUGUUGGAAAAAAGUGCGAAUUGUUGAAAAGUUGUUUAUUUCUAAGCAGUUUUUUUUAUCGAGAUACAUGUUGGGACAGAUUGUAAACGAACAGCGCAACUACUGAAGGUUUAAUUAUUGCAUUAAGUCAUAAAAACUAUUCUGCGGGGAAGCGUAGCGAAACCAGCUAAAAGAUAAAAUCAAAGAUGGCAGCUCAGUCCAUCAACAAAACCGGCUCCGGUUGGCCACGACGAACAAGCCAGGGUACGAUGAACGAUAUUGCUAAACCACAGAGUAAUCAGUCAAUGACGCUGAACCGAACAAUUAAUCUUUAUCCUCUGACAAAUUACACGUUUGGCACGAAAGAGCCUCUGUUUGAAAAGGAUCCUUCUGUACCGGCUCGAUUCCAACGGAUGCGUGACGAGUUCGACAAAAUAGGAAUGCGUCGCUCGGUGGAAGGAGUUUUGUUGGUUCACGAACACGGUCUUCCCCAUGUCCUGCUUCUUCAGCUUGGCACAACCUUUUUCAAGCUACCCGGUGGGGAACUUAGCGCUGGCGAAGACGAGGUUGAGGGUCUUAAACGAUUACUAACCGAGACUCUAGGCCGACAGGAUGGCGUCAAGCAGGACUGGAUCGUCGAGGACACCAUCGGCAACUGGUGGCGGCCGAACUUCGAACCACCGCAGUACCCGUACAUUCCGCCACACAUCACCAAACCGAAGGAGCACAAGCGACUGUUUCUGGUACAGCUGCACGAGAAGGCUCUUUUUGCCGUACCGAAAAACUACAAGCUAGUAGCCGCUCCGCUGUUCGAACUGUACGACAACUCCCAGGGAUAUGGUCCGAUUAUAUCCUCGCUCCCGCAAGCGUUGUGUCGGUUUAACUUCAUCUACAUGUAAAACGCUGGCGCAGUGGUAGUGCUUCGACACUUAGUUCUUAUUGUAAGUUUCCCCCGGAUGCGAAUCGUCACGCCCUUGCUGAUUCAGGUAAAUGGUUUGUUCUAAAACGCAUUCUCUCCUGGUCUGCGGCAUGGGCCGAACUUAUUUACAUUGCUUUGAAGCUAUUGGGAUAGUUUCCCAUAACCCACGCUUUCACAGAUAUAUCUUCGUCCACUUCCAGCGCAAGAACGAACGGAUAGAAAGGUAAUAUCUUAGGACAUGAACAAUUUGUCUCUAAUUGAUGCAUAGAGUAUAGGAUUAAAAUUGCGUAUUAAACAAUGAUU